AUGCGUUCGCAAGUCGCCAUCCGGCGGUCUUUCGCGCAAGGCUCCCAGGCGCGGUUUAUCCAAACCACCGCCACGACCUACAAAUCGCCGUAUACGGCCCCUCUGUCAGCCAAGCUCGCGCAGGUGCCACUGCACCCUGCGCUCCCCACGACGGCGCUGGGCAGCGAGCUCCCAGGCGACAUCCCCGCCCUCCCCCUUCACAUCGAAUCCCUCACCCAGCGUCGUCUUAACUGGUACUCGCGUACGAUGAACGACGACAAGCUUUCGCAUUCUGAGAGGGAGAUGCUUGACCGUGCCAUGGCGCGCGUGACGAAAAAGGAGCGCAAGCCCAUCGAGUUUGCCAGUGGCGAGGCCGGCCCCAGCAUUGAGCGCUUGAACUUCUUUGCCGCAGGCUCUGAGGCCGGUGGCGCCGUCAUGGAGGCGGAUGACAUGCCGGGUCUCGAGGCCGGUCGUAUUGUCGAGGUUCGUCGUUCGGAACAGUCCUCGAUCGGUCUUGUUUUGGCGCCCGUCCUCAUCAAUGGCAGGAGGCGUCUCAUGCUGCUGCGCUCGUCGGGAGAGAUCUGGCCCGUGAACGCCAACGAUGUCCAGUUUGUCAUGCCCGCGUCGCUGGUCCCCAAGGAGCUCGCCGCGAGCUGUUGGUCAAACGAGCUCAUUGCCUUGUGGUCCAAGGGCGAGGACAUUGGCAUCUCGCAGUCCCAGGACGAGGCUGGUAUCAUCGGCGCCGACGAGGCCCAGACCAUGACUGAAGCUCGCCGCAAGGUCGCCCACCUCCUCCGCCGCAUCGCCCGCGAGACUGAGCGCAUGUCCUCUCGCCUUUCCAGCGGCUCGAUCGCUUCCGGCCGCGGUGGCGGUAUCGAGGCCGUGUUCGACCACUUUUCCUCCAAGGACCCCGAGCAGCGCAGCCACAUCACUUCCACCGAGGUUGCAGAGUACCUCCUCAACUCGGCCAACCCGGACAAUGACACUCCGCACAUUACUGUCCGCCCCAACACCCUCCCCGCGUUUGCCGCCCAUGCCUUGCUCAUGAAGCGUGCCGACAUGUUCCUUGCCGACGACCGCAACAUGUGGAAGACUAACCGCUUCUUGAUGCGUUCUCGCGCCGAGUACGAGCGCAUCCACAGAGUCAACAAAUGGGUCGAAGACAACGACCCUGUCUUUGUCGACUUUAUCGCCAAGGCCAACCGUGCCAAGGAGCUGCUCUCAGCCGGCCAGGCGGACCAAACCCCGGAGUGGACUGACAAUGAACUCGACAUUCUCUCCAUCCUUUCGUUGGGUUUCUACGAGACCCGUACGACCCAAUACCUCAUUGGCAACGCCAUUUCCGCCUCUAUUGUCAAGUCGUUGGGAUACGACCUCAAGACGCCCAUUUCUGUCGCCGCCGUCAUGGACACCAUGCGUAGCAUUGGCAUGAUCGCCCCUGCUGACGAUCUGCGCUUGGCGUCCCUUGAGGAGAAUACUGCGCGUUCCAUGGGAGUAAACACGGUUGCCCCCGAGGUCACCUCCUGGACAUCCAGCGAGCCGACGGCGGCCGACGCUGCCAUCGACUCGCUCCGCACCGACUCGUCUCACCGUGUGUUUGUCAUCGACGACCCGACCGCCAAGGAGCUCGACGACGGCAUUGCUCUCGAGCGCGUUGGCGACAAUGACUUUUGGGUGCACGUCUACGUCGCCGACCCAACUCGCUAUCUCGCCCGCGACCACCCCGUGGCUGUCCGCGCCAUGCACGUUGGUUCGUCCUUAUACUUGCCCGGAACCUCGCUCCCCCUUCUUCCCAAGUCUCUUGGAGAGGGUGAGCUUUCGCUCGGCCGCUCCAAGAACGGUCAGACGGCCAUGACUUUUUCGGCGCGCAUUGACCGUGAGGGCAACAUCCACGACCACAAGGUCGGACUCAAGUGGCUCAAGGACGCAUGUGUGACCACUUACGACAAUGUCAACAAGGCACUCGGUGUCGCCGUCCCGGAGACCAAGUGGCCCCUUGGCCGCAUCAAGGGUUACACCCAGCAGACCACCGGUACCCACAAUGAGCUCACCGAGUCCGACGUUGCUGAUCUUGCCGUCCUCCGCGACCUCGCCGACGCCGUCCGUGCCAAGCGUUUUGCAACUGCCGGUUUCGAGGCCUAUGUUCCCAACAGUUUGCCUACUGUUCUUGGCGGCGGUGACCUCCAGCCUGGAUUCUUCAACCGUGCCGCACUUCACCGCAAGCCCUCGGCGAUCCCCACCGACCUCCAGUGCGCCCUCUCGCUUCCGGAUGCGCUGGGACUCUCGUCGGCCCAGCGCUUUGUCGGCGAGUUGAUGGUCCUUGCGAACCGUGUCGGCGCCCAGUUCUGCCACGAACGCAACAUUGCAGUGUCGUUCCGUGGUAACGCUGCGUGGAAGAACUCGUCCAAGACUGCGCCCGGAUACACUGUCGAGGACCUGCUUGCCCAGCGCAUCCCCAACAGUGGCGACUUGGAUCACCGGAAGAUCCUGAGGGGCCAGCUCUUCACCCCCCAGUCGACAGUGUCGACCACUGCGCUUCCGUUCUGGGUCAUGGGCUUUGACAAGCCCGACCACGGGUACAUUCGCGCCACCUCCCCGCUCCGCAGGUUUGACGACAUGCUCGUGCACUGGCAGAUCAAGGCCGCGCUCGCCGCCGAGGCCGGCUUGGCUGGCGCCGACCCUGUGCUUGACUCGGCCGCCGUCACCUCCAUCAUCGACCGUGUUGAGGGAGCGCAGCAGCGUGUCAAGGUCACAGAGCUGUACAGCACCCAUUACUGGCGUGCGGCCGUGAUCCAGUCGCGCCUGACAGGCCCGCCCAGCCCCGAGCUCGAGUUCCCAGACGGCCAGGUGGACCUCUCCAACGUUAAGGCGUUCGUCAACCGCAACCCCUCCCCGAAUGUGGGCAGCGACAUUCUGACCUUUGAGGCCUACGUCCCGGAACUUGGACUCAUCGCCUCCAUUUUCACUCCUGCGGCACGCGCCGAGGACAUGGAAGUGGGCGACGAGGUCAACGUCCGUCUGGACGCCAACCUCACCAGGCAACUGCCCAGCCCCAUUAUCGCCGGCGAACUUGUUUAG